UUUGAACUAUUUCUAACACGAAACGGCUUUAAGUAUGCCCUUGAAAGUCAGCUGAACGGUCACCCUGCAUGUUUACAUGUUUGUUGUGAUUCGUGUGAAGAAGAAGGAAGGAAAGAAAGAAGCAGGACGGAACGACAAAAGAUUAAGGACCUUCAGGCAGCAGGGUGAUGCCAGUGAGCACGUUCAUGUGUGAGUGUGCGUGUGUACUUGGAGUGCUAUAGUUGUGGUAGAACGAGAACAAGAAGAAGUCAAAGAACCCGAAGCAGCCCUGGAGGUGGUAACAAUACAAAUGAGUAGCAUCGCUCCUUCUCUUGGUUGAGUCAAAGGAACAAACCAGGAUUGGGUAGCAAGCAUCUUUCUGUUACCUUGUGUCUGCCUUGUCUCGCAUCAUCCUGAUUGAGUUUCAAUACUUGGACAAGAUUCUCAAUUCAUCCCAAAGCUCGCUAAUUUUCCAUUUCCUUAUUGGUCCCUGUCCAAUCAGAGCUCUGGCAGCCGGAGAGUCAAAGGAGAGGGUUGGAUCCGGAUUCGCGGAUUGACCCAGCUCUCUCCGUCCAUUUGUGUUGUCGAGUUUCACUCGGGGUAAUCAGACAAGGUUGACCAGUUGAUCAUGGCUGAGCGCUUGGGUCUCCCAUCGACCCCAAGAGAACUCAAGAUUGGCAAGAGCUUCUCGAGUUCAAAUCAAAACAGCUUCCAUACCAUGAGGUACGAUUUUAAGCCAGCCUCGGUGGAUCGUUCACAAAUGGGAGCACUCAAAGUUGGAGACAACAAGAAUAUCGAAGUCACGGUGCCAAACCUGGACGGCAAUCAAACGACCAACUAUAGUGGUCAUGUGAAGCCUUCCAACCGUAAGGACUGUAUUCUCAUCAUUGACCAAGAAACGGGUGAAGUUACCUUGGAGCGUUUAUCUGGACAUAUUAUGGUCAAGAAGACCCGACCCGAACGACCCGACAAAGGUGACAAACCCGACGAGUUCCCGGUUGAAAAACUGGACAAGCCGGAGAAAGCGGCAAAGUCGUCCUAUAUUGGUAAUGGUGCCUCCUCGAGACCGCUGACGCCUAUUGAGCCAUUUCAAAAAAGUAACAAGGCCUCAUCACCCGUGUCUGGUUUGUCAUCGGCAUCGUCAUUACAAAUGCCGAGUUCCACGUCCAAAGGCCUUGAUGAUCGAGGAAGAGGAGGGCCUAUCGCCUCAUCGACGUCUGGAGCCAAGGAUGGUUUCGGCGAAUUCAACAUCGAAGACUUGUUUCAAGGCAUCAAUCGAAGUAACAGCUCAAUGUCCAACGAGAAGCCCAAGCCCAAGGAAAAUAAUUUUCCCACAAGACGACCACCUCCCAAAGCCAGGAAACACCCUAAUCAGCCACAUUCCUCAUCAGCGAUACGUAGUGCCUCUCCUAUGACGAAACCCGCCCCUCCGACCAAUGUUGUUCCUCCAAGUGUAUCAAGCGCGCCAUCAGCUACUUCAAUGCCGAAUUUACUGCAAAGCGAUCUCUGCGGAGACAUGUCCUCUGAUAGCAGCUCAUCGGAUGACUCUUCCUCUAGUGACAGUGAUUCUGGCGAUUCUUCCGAUGCUGAUGCUCUCACCAAGGCGUUAGAAGCCAAAGACGUUCUCAUGCCAGCCUCGAAACCCACGGUGAAGCCUCAAAAUGCUACCCCAACACCUUCAAGGCAACCUCCUCCUUCUAGGCCUCAGCCUCCUCCAAGAGCUCAACCCCCUCCAAGAGCUCAACCCCCUCCUAGGGCCCAACCCCCUCCAAGAGUUUCUCCAUCUUCUGGAGGAGGAAAUAUCUCGUCAGCGCCAGGCCAGAGCCGAAAAGGUUUGGCUAGUCCUUCCAUGCCAAUGGAUUUGCUUCUUCCCUCGGCAGAUAGUCAACCAUCCGGAGAACCCUCAAGUGCCGGGAGUCGAGCGCCCCCUGAGCAGCCUUCUAUGCCGCAAUUCCUAAAUGAUGAUUUACAACUAUCCGAGUCCGACGAUGAGUUCGAAUAGGUUUGAACCAUCCACUUUGUGAUAAACUGGGGUUAGGGAACAACAGCCCUAAGUGCUGCUAAUAUUAUAUUCGUCACUUGUUUCACGAAUCGCUCUGAGUUGUUGGUCUUGGAUUUUAUGGAUGGGACCAUCUUUUAAGAGGCUAUUGAGCAUCACAAUUAUGUUUACUCUUUAGUUGCUGAUAUACAAGAAAGUUAUUGAAAAGAUCCAUUUAUUUCUUCAGAAUUUCUACGGGCCACAUCAUUCAAAAUAAAAUCGAUGCAUCGAAAAUGAA